CAACAAUACAAACACACAAAUACACAAUAUCUCCCCUACAGGAAUACCACGAAUGCUCAACCGGGUCAUUACAACGCUACACCUACAAGAACGCUGACUGUGGUUCUGUUAGCGGUCUCACUAAGGGAAGGGAAGGCUUGCUCGCUGUUAUUGGCCUCUGACAGCAUUUCCGAGACAUAUAAGAAUACGAAUGGAAGCGUAAGGUAUCCCAGAUGAAAAGAGAGACCACAACACUUUCAUAAGAUGGAUCCACCAGAGAAUAAUAUACCUAGUUCUCAUGAUGAAGAAACACAAGAACACAGAGAAACCCUAAGUCAGUCUCAUCAAGAAGACGGGGAGAAUGAAGCUGUGCCUUUGAUUGAGUCUUGCACUCAAGCUGAAGCUGACCCAAAAGUGAUUAAGGAGAAUGCUGUGAGAGUAGCUUUUCUUCCACCUGCAGAGGAGGCAGAUCUUCCAGUAUCAGAGUCACUGGUGCAGGGUGAUGCAUCUUACAGUGCUGAUGAUAAUUCUUCUUAUAAUGAUGAUGAGGCAGAUAUAGAUCAAGAUAUUGAUGAUGCUCUAGAUGAAGGAUACAUGGGUAUGGAAUGCACAUUAGAGCGUGGAUUUUCACUUAAUGAAGCUGCUAUUGCCCGUGACCUUCGAUAUGAGCGGUAUGAUGAAGUUGCUGUGAAAUAUGAGAAAAGUCAUUCUUUUUCAAAAUAUCAGCCUUCAUUGAAGCAUUUUAUACCAGUUAGAAAAUCUUCAGCGGAAAGAGAUGAAAUGCCAAUAGACUCAACUGGUCUGUAUGGCUUUGUCUCUUACUCCUGGAUCACUAGUCUCAUGUGGAAAGCAUACAAGAAAGGAUUGAAAGAGGAGGAUGUCCCUAUUUGCUCAAAGUAUGACAUGUGUGACUACAAUACUGACAGGUUCGAAGCAAUGUGGAAUGAGGAGGUCAAGAGGAAAGGCAAGGAUGGGGCCUCACUCCAGCGUGUUGUAUGGCGGUUUCUAAGGACACGUCUCAUUGUGGCCCUCACUUUUUUCAUGAUUACCCUCAUCAUGGGUUUCGUAGGACCGACAAUCUUUAUGCGGUUUCUCAUCACUUGGUUGUCUACUGAUGAACCAGUAACCACUGGCAUUAUAUGGACAGUUGGUCUUAUUUUUAGCGAGUUUAUCCGCAUUAUUAUUUUUGGUGUCGUUUGGUCCAUCAGCUACAGGACAGGGGUUCGACUGAGAGCAGCAUGCCUUGGCUUAGUCUACAAGAAGCUUAUGAGAAUGUCCAGUCUUGGGAAUAAAAGCAUAGGAGAAGUGAUAAAUCUAUUUGCUAAUGAUGCUCAGCGUAUAUAUGACUUUGUUGUGUUGGGUCCUCUUAUUAUUGGAGGACCUGUUGUGGCAAUUGGAGGGGUCAUUUACAUCUUGUGGCUGUUAGGACCCUGGGCAUUGUUUGGAAUGUUGACCUUCCUGCUCUUCUAUCCUUUUCAGUAUGGCAUUUCUCGUUUGACUGGUUACCUACGCCGCCGCACAGUAACAGUCACUGAUGAGCGAGUUCGAAUGAUGAAUGAAUUGUUGACAUGUGUCAAGCUUAUCAAAAUGUAUGCGUGGGAGAAGAGUUUUGCUUCUAGUAUUACAGAGAUACGAAAACGUGAGAGACAUCUGCUGGAAAAGUCAGCCUAUGUUCAGAGCAUCAGUUUGGCCAUGGCUCCCACAGUGCCCGUGAUUGCAGCCAUUGUUACCUUUCUGGCUCACAUUGGUGCUGGAUAUAACCUUACAGCUGCGCAGGGUAUGACUGUCAUCUCCUAUCUCUUAGGCAAUGUCCGUGCAUCUUUUAACAUGCUGAGAUUUUCAGUGAGAGCAUUUGUUGAAGGUCUUGAUUCUGUCAGAAGAAUAAAGAGUAUUUUACUGAUGGAUGAGUUGGAGCCCUACCUAAAGACUCCCCAAGACCCUGAUACAGCUGUGGUACUGGACCAAGCCACACUUGCAUGGGAUGCUGUCUCCUCCUUCAAAAAAAAGAAAAAUAAGAAGAGGAGGAACAAAAAAGAUGGCAUAACCCCAGCUGAUCAACUGAUGCCUAAAGUUGUGGACUUGAAACACAUUGAUGUUCUCUUUGACUUAUGUCUCUCCAUCAAAAAGGGAGAACUCAUUGCUGUGUGUGGUGGUGUUGGUGCUGGAAAAUCAUCUUUCAUAUCAGCUCUGCUUGGUCACAUGCGUCUACAGUCGGGACAGGUGUAUUUACAAGGAACAUGUGCAUAUGUUGGCCAACAAGCAUGGAUCAUGAAUGCCUCCUUUAGGGAAAAUAUUUUGAUGGGUGAAGCAUUUGAUGCCAAAAGAUAUUACCGUGUGAUAUAUGCCUGCAACCUUACCCAAGACGUUGGAGCUAUGCCUGCUGGAGAUUUCACAGAAAUUGGAGAACGAGGUAUUAAUUUGUCUGGAGGACAGAAACAACGUUUAUCACUAGCCAGGGCGCUUUAUGCUAACAGGGAUAUCUAUUUAUUGGAUGAUCCUUUGAGUGCUGUAGAUGCUCAUGUUGGGAGCCACAUCUUCCAGUGGGUUAUCAAAGGUGCUUUAAGAAAUAAGACAACAGUGUUUGUCACACAUCAGCUUCAGUACUUGCCCCUUUGUGACCGUGUAGUCUACUUGCGUGAGGGAAAUAUUGCAGAGCUGGGAACACACUCCAGUUUGGUGGAGGACAACAAAGAAUAUGCUGGUCUAUACAGAACCCAUAUGGAAACAGUUGAAAAUAAGGAAAAGGAAAGCAGCAAGACUGAGGAAACGGAUGCUGGAGGACGCCAGCGACAAGACUCAGUCAUUUCAGGAGGAAGUAGCAUAAAUGGCUAUCAAAAGAAUAGUCCUGAGAAAAGUCCCGUCAAAGAAGUUAAGAAGAAACCAGAAGAUGGUCAGCUGAUCACAGAAGAGAAGCUAGAGAAGGGAGACAUCCCUCUGUCAACCUAUAACUGGUACAUCAAGGCUGCUGGAGGUUACAUUAUAUCCACCCUGGUGAUUUUGACCUUUGCUGCCAAUGUGGGCUCUACUGCUUUCAGUUCGUGGUGGCUCUCAAUGUGGCUUAGUGCAGGGAGUGGAAACACAGAAGUGGUCGUUGGAAAUGGAACGGUCAUCAGUGACAACAUCGCUGACAACCCUGACCUUUUUAUGUACCAGACUGUUUAUGGCUGCCUUAUAUUAGUCAUACUUGGAACUUCGCUAAUCAGAGGAUUUGCAUUUAUGAAGACUACCCUAAAGGCUUCCAGCAGCAUGCACGAUCAAGUGUUUGUCAAAGUGUUCCGAAGCCCUAUGAGCUUCUUCGACACAACUCCUUCAGGACGCAUUAUAAAUAUCUUCUCCAGAGACAUGGAUGAAGUGGAUGUGCGUGUGCCUAUGACCAUGGAGACUUUCCUGCAGAAUAUUUGGUUAAUCACAAGUUCACUUGUGUUCGUCUGUUUGGUGUUCCCUCAUUUUCUGCCAUUUCUGGUAGUCCUGGCUAUCCUCUUCCUUUUUAUUAGGAGCAUCUUCAGGAUUGGAAUUCGUGAUUUUAAGAGGAUGGAGAAUGUGUCAAGAUCUCCUAUGUAUAGUCAUGUCAGUACAACCGUGAAUGGGUUAGCCACUAUCAAUGCAUAUGGCAAACAGGAAAUGUUUACCAAAAAAUUUAUGGUGUUAUUUGAUGAAAACACAUGUGUCUUUUUCCUAUUCAACUGUGCUAUGCGAUGGUUAGCUAUCCGACUUGAUCUUUUAGCUUUGUUGGUAAUGUCAAUCACAGCCAUUCUCUCAUUGAUAUUACGAGGAUCUGUGGAAGCAUCUUUUGCUGGGCUGGCCCUGGCUUAUGCUGCACAGUUAAGUGGCAUUUUCCAAUAUACUGUAAGACUUAGUACUGAAACAGAAGCACGCUUUACUUCAGUCCAGCGGAUUAGUAAUUAUACCAAGUGCUUAGCUUCAGAAGCUCCAGCUAUUAUAGAAUCAAAGAGACCAGAUUCAAACUGGCCCAAGUAUGGACGCAUAAGCUACCGAAAUGUGCAGCUGAAAUACAGACCAGACACACCUCUUGUUUUGAAGGGGAUCACAUUCGACAUUGAUUCAUUGGAGAAAAUAGGCGUGGUUGGAAGGACAGGUUCAGGCAAGUCUUCUCUCGGAGUAGCAUUGUUCAGGUUGGUUGAGCUGGCUGGAGGCAGUGUGCGAAUUGAUGGAGUAGAUAUUUCAGUCCUUGGCCUUGAGGAUCUACGAUCUCGACUUUCUAUCAUUCCUCAAGAUCCAGUGCUGUUCAUUGGCACAGUCAGAUACAAUUUGGAUCCCUUUGAGAAAUAUACAGAUGAAGCUGUUUGGUCAGCCUUAGAACAGACAUAUAUGAAAGAAAAGAUUGCAAAUCUUCCUUUGAAACUCAAUGCUCCUGUGAUAGAAAAUGGAGAAAAUUUCUCUGUUGGUGAACGUCAGUUGAUGUGUAUGGCCCGAGCCUUGCUGAGAAAUAAUAAGAUAUUGUUCCUUGAUGAGGCAACAGCUGCAAUAGACACAGAGACAGAUUCCAAGAUUCAGCGUACACUACAAGAAGCCUUUAAAGCUUGCACAAUGAUUACCAUUGCUCAUAGAUUAAACACAGUGAUGGCUUGCUCUCGCAUAUUGGUGUUGGAUGAUGGAAAGGUGGUUGAAUUUGAUACUCCUCGCAAUCUUAUGGCCAAUUCCCACUCAGCUUUUGCGAAGAUGGUUGAAGCUGCAGAGUCAUCUUUACUUCUGUAAAAGGAACUAAAGUCAUCUCAAUACCUCUGCAUUAACAAAGUGAUGUGUAUAUAGAAGGUUGUAACUUAAUAGUCUGCAUUAUUUAAUUACACAAUUGUUGAGUGUACUCCUACUACGUACUCCAGAGGAGUGAGAUUUUUCAUUUUCACUUGUAUAAUUCUUCUAUACACUUAUACACACACACAUACACAAAUAUUGUGUAUACUUAUAUAUGCUUUGAUAAACAAAUUUGCUUUUCAGAAAAUAUUACUAAGUGCCUUAGUGGAGCUUUCACAUCAUAAAGUAAGAGGGUCGUAAGCAAAUAUGGGCACAUGUUUUUAUUUUGCCACAAUUUUUUUCUAGGGUAUUUUUCAAUAAUUUUGAUCCGCAAAUGAAUUUAUUCUAACAUUUAGUUUUGAUGGAUGUCAUCUUGAAGUACUCCUAGCUACACUAAAUUUGAAUUUUGAAUAUGUGGGAACUUUACAGUGGAACCCUAUCUGUUUGAGCCAGAUUAUUGAAGUCCUCCAAGUAGUGGGAUAUGUACAUACAAGUGCAAGCAAGAAGAUGAAUGAAUGUAGAAACGUAAUAAAAUAGGAAAAAUGUUGUAGAAAGUUGAUGAAGACAGGAGGUGAGGUGAACGUGAAGUAUCUAUUUGUACGUUUUCAAGUUAUCAUGCAUCUUUUUUGGAAAUAACUUGUAUGACACUUAACAAGCAUAUAUCAUUAAAACAUUUUGUCAGAUUAAUUCAUAUUUUAGUCUAAAUUACUAUAUAAUACCAAAGGUUAACCAAAGGUUGCCAAGCUAUGAUCACUGUAACUUUAGUUUACUGAUUGUGUUUACACAGAGAUGGCACCACAAGUACUUAAUCAUCAAGGAGUCUGUUAUUAGUCAUACCUAUUUCACCUGAUUACUCUUUUCCUUAAUUUUUUAAUAAGACUUUUUAAUUAUUUUUAUUGUUAUUAGUAUUUUAAUAACAUGCUAAUGAUAAUGUCAGUAAUAGAAAUAAGCAUUAGAAAAAAAAUCCUGCAAAUUCAAAGAAUGGUAAGAUCAAGCAUGUUAUAAGGGGAUACUAAUUGACUCUUGUAGCUGAGCCUUUGUGGAGCCAUCUGUGUGCAACAAAAAUCAACAGUGAACUGUACUUUAAGCAGCAACCAUUGAGUUAUGUUUGGGCAAAUAAAGGUCUCCUAGAUCUGGCCACUACUUUUAUUCUUUUCUUUCUUAAUCAAUUUUUUAUUUUAUAUAUUAUAUUUUUCUACUAAAAGUUUUGUACAUUUUUAAUGCACAAUUUUCAUAAUCAUUCUUUGUACUUUCAAGGGGGUUGGGGGGAUCAUUUUUGAAGGUAUGCAUUGUUUUGCAUCUUAAAGGGGACCAAAUUUGAUUAUGGGUUAACCUUUUCCCCAGUGAUGCCGGGAAAGUGGUGUAAAAGGGGGUCUAAUGUUUUAAAUUUGCCGACAAAAGGGAGUGGUUAUUGGGUGUGGUCAUUAGAAAUUAGUUGUAUCUUGAAAUAAUACCAGUAAAUUGCCACUAUUGUUUUUUACUUAUUUGAAUAUCUAGGAAUUUUCAGACAAAUGCCAGUUUUAGCUUCUUUUACCGACAGAAAUUUUUUUAAGGGGGGUGGCACACCCCCUUUGCAGCCCUACUUUUCCCACACGAACUAGGCAGACUAAGCAGUGAGGCAACCAGGGGUCCAAGGUGUAUGGAAUGGUAAGAUGAGAUGAGUUACAGAGCCAUUGACCUUUUUUACCCAAGGGCCCAGAUCACUGUCAAUCUGCUCCUGCCUCACAAGCUAAGAAAUAACACAAGUAAUAUGAAUUUAAAUAUGAUUAUCAAAUUGAACUUUCCAAAUUCCGUUGCAUUUCUUUCCAUGGGAAUAGAAAACUGAUCCUGUACAAAAUCUUGCGAGAGGUUUAUCAGUUUGUAAGGCCCGCUCAGAGCUUAAUUUAAUAUUAGAGAUUCUUUUAAAGUUUUCUUUAUCAAUCCUUCUUAUUGAUCCUCACCUUUGUUAAUUGUUUUAUAUCAGUGCUUUUCUUUGGUCUUAGAAUAUGCUUAAACCAAAGAUAAAAUGUAUUGCAAUCUGACAGCAGCUUUCUACAUUUUGCUUUUAGAAUGCCUUUUGCAUCUUGAAUAAGCAUCCUGUUUGAAUCUUAGCAGACCAUGGGGAUGCCAACCUUUUUAUAUGUAAUAAGUGUCCUUUGAAUUAUGAAAAGGACACGAACUAAGUAUUUGCUGUUAAACAGCGUAAUUGUUAACAUAACUUUUUUCAAAUAUAUGUUAAAAGAAAAGUACAAUUAUAUAGCUUGUACAAUUAUUAUAGCCAUUACUUUAUUAUCACAUUUGUACCAUGGAAAUUAAGAAAAUUAGUGGAUCAUAAUUUGUUAAACUACCUGUAAAUUUAGAUAAAUGCAUUUAAUCAGAUAUGAUUAAAAUAUAUUGUGAUGUAUCUACUAGAACAGGAAAAAUUUUUGUUACUUGAUUAGAGAAUGCAGGGAUGCUCACUAGCAAUAGUAAGGGAAUUCUUACUAAACAUAGCCUGAAAAGCCAUUCACACUAGUUAUUUUUUACAGUUCACCUAGAGAAUUAGGGAUUUUAUUUUUGUGCAGAGUUUUUCAUAAAAGUUAUGCAUAAUUAAUUUUGCAAGCUUUUAUUGGUAUAUUAAUAAUCACCAUUUGUAUUGAUAUCCAACAAAAAUGUUAAUAAUGUACCUGAUGAUGGCAUUACUGUUACUUUAUUUCAUGAUUAAAAUCAAAACAAAGAAGCAUAUCUAUGAUUUACAUAGUUGUCAACAUAAAUGUCAUUAACAGGCAUUUUAUUUUUAAAAUGUUUGUUAAAUAUUACUAGCUGUAGAAAACAUUAUUGUACCAACAUUUGCAAAGAAAAUUUAGGCAUAACAUUUUGUUGUUAUAUUUUAAUAUGAUUAUGAAAUUGUUAAUGUAUGUGACUGCAUUGUAUUGUUUAAGGUUAUAGCUUCUAUUGUUGUUAACUUAAUAUUUAGAGUGUCAAUUUCAUAUUCUUUACUAGUGCCUUGCUUUUUACACUGUAAGCCAUCUAUUAAGAUCAUUUGUUCUUAAAUAUUCACACUGAUGGAGACUGAUGCCAUUGAUUACAUUGUUACAAUUCCAUCACUUUUCAUAGAGGUGAGAAUUGUAAGUUGUCAUUAAGUUUUGAUUAUGAGGUGUCCAAGUUUAAAAUAUGAUUCAUAAAGCUUUUACACAUGAUAUAUUUUUAUCAGUGUGGCUGUGAAUUAGCCUUCAAAUUACUAGAUGUUAAUAGAUGUUUGGAGUGUACCUGAAACAGUCCAAUAUAUAAAUGAAUUAAAAUAUUAUACAUGUUGGUGAUGUUGCUUCUUAAAGAGAAUGAGAAAUUUCCUAGAACAUUCAUAUGCUUCAUAUUUAGUGGAAUAUCAACUCAGGGCUGUUGUUUUACUUGUGUGCAAGUGUACAGGAUGAGCAAGACAUUUAAAGUACUGUGCCAUGAAACUCAAACUUGUUUGUUUUAUUCCAUUAACUCUCAACUCUUUUUUUUUUUUUUUAGAAAGUUGAACGGUUAAGUGUUUUCCAUAUUCAGAGUUGUAUUUAGGGUUGUGUGUAUUUUUAGUGUUUGUUAUUUGAUAUACGAUGUAUAUUCUCAAAAAGAUAAUCCCAUAUGCCAAUAUAUGAUGCACUUUAGCAAGUUCUGAAGGUUAAAUAAAAUCCUUCAGUUGUUAGUCCUGUGUUGUCAGUGUCAAAGGAGUGCUUGAUUUUUAAAACCUUUGAUAUUUAAUGUUCAUAUGAAAUCUGCAGUUUGUUAUUUAUGAAAUGAAAUUAUGAUAAUGCUCAGGCUGUGAGACCAAGAUCAAUAUUUUCUUACUUUAGAAUUACUGCCUUCUAAAGGGUGCCUGUUAUAUAUAUUACUCCCUACCCCUCAGAGUGACCAAAACAUAGACAGUAAUACAUUUUCCUUGGAUGAGGUAAAGCAGAAAAGAUACAAAGAAAAUGUAGUCUUAUAUUAUAUAUUACGGAAUGUCAAAUGGCACUAUGACCUGAGGGAUGGACAACUUUCCAAAACUAAAAAGGAACUCUCAAGACUUAUUUCUCCAGACAUGGAUCUACAUAUUUAUGGUAUAUUUAACAGAAUUAUUCUGUUAGAAUGGUUGACAUAUGUGAAUUUGCCUUUUAUCUUUAGACUAUUUUUUCAUUGUUAGCAACAGGUAAAUUGUUCAUGUCCUGUGAAUAUUAUGUAAUUAAUAUAUUGCAUUUUUUACAGAAAUCUUAUUCAGUAAAGUAUUAAUUUUCAUUAAAUGUUUGCUCUUUGGAAAGAUUUGAAUUACAAAAGCAUUUUGUAUAGCAUUAUAAACAGGAUAGAGGGUUAUAAUUUUAGAUUUAUCUCUUAUGAAGGAAAACCACACUGGUGAACAGAGUACAGUAAGAUUACUAUUUGAAUAAUUAUGGUUCAGUUUGGAAUUUACAGGAACUGAUGCACACUUUAAGUAAGUACCAUGCUAAAUGCCUUUGCUAAACUUUGCCUUGCCUAAAUGAGAGGGAAAGCUAAGAAGCUACUGUAUUUGAAAAUAAUGGUUAAAAAAUCCAUAGCGUAAUAAAAUAUUGCAAAUCAG